AUGGCGGCCGGGCGCCUCCCCGUGCUCUUCGAGGACGUGGCCAUCGCGGCGACGCGCAUCCGCGGCGGCGUGACGCGCACGGCGCUCACGCACUCGCACUGGCUGUCGCAGCUCUGCGGCUGCGAGGUGUUUUUGAAGCACGAGCAGACCAUGUUCACGGGCUCCUUCAAGGAGCGGGGCGCGCGCAACGCCCUCCUCUCCCUGAGCGAGGAGGAGCGGGCGCGGGGCGUCGUCGCCGCGUCCGCCGGGAACCACGCGCUCGCGCUGUCGUGGCACGGGAAGCAGCUCGGCGUCCCCGUGUCCGUGCUCAUGCCGACGGUGGCGCCGAUGGCGAAGCGGUCCAAGUGCGCCACGUUCGGCGCGCACAUCGUCGUCCACGGCGACACCAUCGGCGACGCGAAGCUCCACGCGGAGACGACGGCGCCGUUCUGCGACAUGACGUACGUCAACGGCUACGACGACGUGCCCAUCAUCGCGGGCGCGGGCACGCUGGGCCUCGAGCUCAUCGAGCAGCUGCCCGAGGGCGACCACUUCGACUACGUCAUGGUGCCCUGCGGCGGCGCGGGGCUCCUCGCCGGCGUGUCGCUCGCGAUCAAGACGCUGCGGCCGCAGACGCGGGUCGUCGGCGUCGAGCCGCGGAACUGCGCGUCGUUCAGCCACGCGCUGGCCGUCGGCCACCCGGACCCCGUGGAGACGACGUCGACGCUGGCCGACGGCCUCGCCGUGCCCACGGUGGGGGCCAACGCGUUCGAGGUCGCGCGCGCGCACGCGGACGACGUCUGCAUCGUCGACGAGGCGGACGUCGCGCUCGCCGUGCUGCGCCUCCUCGAGAACGAGAAGGUCACGAUCGAGGGCGGCGGCGCGACGGGCCUCGCGGCCAUCCUGCCCGGCGGGCCCUACCACGACCAGGUCCGGGGCGCGAAGGUCGCCGUGCCGCUCUGCGGCGGCAACAUCGACGUGACGACGCUCGGCCGCGUCAUCGACCGCGGCAUGGCCGCGGACGGCCGCCUCGUGCGCUUCGUCGCCGAGGUCAGCGACCGCUCGGGGGGCAUCGCCCAGUGCACGGAGAUCCUCUCCAGGCACGGCGCGUCCGUGAAGGACGUCUUCCACGAGCGCGCCUGGCUCCAGUCCGCGGUCGACCGCGUCCAGAUCAAGUUCAUCCUCGAGUGCACGGGCGCCGACCACUCCCGGGCCGUGCGCGAGGCCAUGAUCGACGCCGGCGUCACCAUCCUCGUCUGGGGCCGCGAGGUCUACACGCGCGGCGACCCCAACACGACCCAGCUCCUCGAGACGACGACGGGCGGGCCCGCGGAGCCCGCGCCCUUCGAGUGA